AUGCCGCCCGUCGUGCGCGCGAGGCGCGCCAGCACCGUCGUCCCGCUUCUCUCCGCCGCCGGCGGCACGGGCACGCCGAGGGAACGGCCGGGCACGCCGAGGGAACGGCGCCGCGUCGACGUCGACGUCGUCGUGCCGCUCUCCCCCUUGGACACGCGCUGGGCGGCGCUGCCACCCGUGUGCCACGUCUUCCUCUUCCCUGCUGCUGCUGCUCAUCAACAGCAAGUCCCCUUCUCGGACGUCGUCCGCGGCCUCAUGUCCUCCCUCGCAGCGGUCCUCCCAGCGUUCCACACGCUAGCCGGCGAGCUCGCCUACUCGCCGGAGCUGGGCACGGUCACCAUCGUCUGCGGUGAGGAUGCCGGCGUCGCGUUCGUCGAGGCGGAGACAGACCUCGACCUCGCCAGCCUUGUCGGCGUCGAGGACGACGAUGGCGCGGUGGAUCUGGACGUCGACGCGCUUCCGCAGCUUGUGCCGGAUAUCCGCCGGGAGGAGCUCCCGGCGCCGAUGUUCGCGGCGCAGGUGACGGAAUUCGUCGGAGGAAUCGCGUUAGGGGUGGCCUUGAACCACGUCGCCACGGACGGGAUCGGCUUCUUUCGGUUCAUGGAGAUGUGGGCCGCGUCGGCCGUGGCUGCCGGUGCCACCAGCUCUUGUUGGACUUGGACGGAGCCGCUACAUGACCGGAGGUUCGUACGCUUCGACGGCGACCAGGAGUUGGCCCGCAGGUUGUUGCGGCAGGCGGCGCCGGACUUGCCCAGGAUUGUGCCGAAGCAACAAGGUCCGACGCCGCAACGCCCGCUCCUACUCAGCCGGCGAACAUUCACGUUCUCCGCACACGCGCUGCGGCGUCUGAAGCAGCGGCUCACCGCCGCCGGACCCGGAGUCGUCGUCGGAGCGGCGCCAUCCACCUUCGCCACGCUGGCAGCGCACGGCUGGGUCAGCUUCGCGCUCGCCAACGGCUUCACCGACGCGGCCCCAGUGUUCGCCGUCUUCCUCGCCGACUGCCGCACCCACAUGUCGCCACGGGUGCCGGACGCCUACGCCGGCAACUGCGUCGUCUCGUGCGUGGUGGCGCUGAGUGGGGCGGAGCUCACGGGGGCAGACGGGCCGGCGCUUGCGUUCCUGGCCAUCAGGGACGCUGUGGCGGAGGUGAAGCGGGAUCCGCUUGCCGGCAGCGGCAGCUGGAUCACCAGGUUCAGAGCCGCGCCGCCCGGCCGCAAGGUCGUCCUAGCGGGGUCGCCGUGGUUCCCGGCGUACGCGGUGGAUUUCGGGUUCGGGAGGCCGGUCAGGGUGGAGAGGGCGUCCUUGGAGCAGGACGGCGCCAUGGCUAUCUUCGCUGGGAGGGAGGCUGGCUCGGUGCAGGCGUCCGUGGCCGUCGCAGCGGGAAAGAUGCCUGCGUUCCACAGGAUGUUCGAAGUCAAGUGUGGCAGUAAUAACUCGAGACUUUGA